CUCCCAAGUAUUCAAUCAUUCUUAUUUCUGUAAUAUACUCGCUGGAAUCUUCUCAUACGUUUAGCCUCUGUAACAAUACGAUGCAACAUGAGUCCUGAACCAAUAGCUAUUGUGGGAUCUGCUUGCAGAUUUCCAGGCUCUGCGAGUUCGCCAUCUAAGCUUUGGGACCUGCUGGAGGAACCGAGAGAUUUGGUCAAGGAGUUCCCCCCUGAGAGACUCAAUUUUUCUAACUUCUUCAACGGUGGUGGGAAACGGCAUGGCUAUACGGACGUUAACAAAAAGUCAUAUCUACUCGAUGAAGAUUGUCGUCUCUUCGAUGCGGCCUUUUUUCGCAUCAAUCCCAAAGAAGCUACCGGAAUGGACCCACAACAACGCAUUCUGCUGGAGACAGUCUUCGAAGCUCUCGAAGCUGCAGGACAGCCGUUAGAUACGGUAGAAGGCUCCUCGACUGGUGUGUAUGUCGGUGUUAUGACUUCGGAUUUCAACGACAUUCAGAUGCGCGACCCGGAGACGUUACCAACAUACACGGCGACUAGUCUUGCUCGGAGCAUUUUAUCGAAUAGGAUUUCGUACUUUUUCGAUUUAAAGGGGCCAUCUAUUACCCUUGAUACGGCGUGCUCAAGUUCACUAGUAGCGCUACACCAGGCGGUCGAAUGUCUCAGGAAUGGCGGGGCUUCUCAAGCUAUUGUAGCGGGAACCACGCUGCUUCUUGAUCCGGGGAUGUACAUCGCAGAAUCCAAGUUGCACAUGCUUUCGCCUGAUUCACGUUCUCGGAUGUGGGAUAAGGGCGCGAAUGGAUACGCUCGAGGAGAAGGUUGUGCUGCUGUACUCCUAAAGCCGCUUAGCAAGGCAAUCCAGGACGGCGAUGAUAUCGAAUGCAUUAUUAGGGAGACGGGCGUGAAUUCUGACGGUCGAACAAACGGCAUAACAAUGCCAAGCUCAUCAGCACAAGCUGCUCUUAUCCGGAAAACAUAUGAAAGAGCGGGUCUAGAUCCCGUCGUGGACCGGUGCCAGUACUUCGAAUGCCAUGGAACAGGUACCUUGGCUGGCGACCCCAUCGAAGCCCGCGCCAUUCAAGAGGCAUUUUUCCCGGGUUCGUCAAGGCCUCAGGCUGGUGAUCCGCUUUAUUGCGGUUCAAUCAAAACCGUUAUAGGUCAUUUGGAGGGGUGUGCUGGACUGGCAGGAGUCCUCAAAGCGGCACUGGCACUGAAACACAAAACUAUACCACCGAAUAUGCAUUUCCGAGAAUUAAAUCCCGCCAUCGAACCAUUCUACGCAAAUCUUAAUGUUCCUACUUCAAAGAUACCUUGGCCAGAAACCAACGGGCAGCCGUUGCGUGCCAGUGUCAAUAGCUUCGGAUUUGGAGGGACAAAUGCCCACGCCAUUCUGGAGAGAUAUGAACCGCCAGAGGCCAAAGAAGGCGAGAGGGCCGUUCUUGGGCCUUUCGUAUUUUCUGCGAAGUCUCGCUCAGCCUUGCUUGGUAGGCUCAGGGAAGCUUCAACAUACAUCAAGCAAAAUCCAAGCCUGGAUUUAGACGCCCUAAGCUAUACGCUUCGCUCGAAGCGAUCCGCGUUUCCAGUACGGAUAGCUUUCCCCUCAUCCAGUCUUGAAAGGCUUUUGGAUGGCAUUGGCACCCAAAUUGUUCUCGCGGGGGAUUCUCUAGAUUCGUUAGGUGUGCAAGCACUUACCACAAAUCCCGAUAAGCCAUUUACAAUCCUCGGUGUUUUUACCGGUCAAGGGGCGCAAUGGGCCACUAUGGGUCGAGAGCUAAUUACUCAUUCCCAAUUAUUCCGCCAGUCGCUUAAGAGAACUGAAGAAGCACUGGGAACAAUCCCUGAAGCCCCUGAGUGGUCGAUACUGGAGGAAUUGAUGGCGGAAGAUGACAGGUCACGCAUUUCCGAAGCUCAAUUUUCACAACCUUUGUGUACGGCCAUCCAAAUCGCACUUGUUGAUCUUUUACAUGCAUGCAAUGUCAGAUUCGACGCGGUUGUCGGUCACUCAUCCGGCGAAAUAGGGGCGGCUUAUGCGGUCGGCCUUUUAAAUGUGAGGGACGCUAUUGCAAUCGCGUACUAUAGGGGUUUCGUUGCCCACCUGGCAAAGGGGCCAACGGGUCAGAAAGGUGGUAUGAUGGCCGCUGGUAUGUCGUUGGAGGCUGCCACCGCAUUCUGCUCCGAACCGAUAUUUUCUGACCGUAUCGGAGUCGCUGCUAGUAAUUCUCCUUCGAGUGUUACCCUAUCGGGUGAUCUAGAUGCCAUACACGAAGCCAAAGAAAAACUAGACGGUGACAAGGUUUUCGCGAGGCUUCUAAAAGUUGACACUGCCUACCACUCACACCACAUGUUGCAUAGCGCGGACACAUACGCGCGAUAUCUCGACCGACUGAAUAUCCAGAUCCAAACGCGGCAAGGAGAUUGCUCAUGGCAUUCGAGCGUACUAGAAAACGGCCAAGAUAUGCUUCGAGAGCCAAAACUCACGUCUACGUUGAAGGGUCAAUACUGGAUUGAUAAUAUGGUGAAGCCGGUCCUGUUCUCCCAGGCAGUCGAAUUGUCGGUGUUAGGCGAUCGAUCGCCCAACUUGGCACUGGAGGUUGGUGCGCACGCAGCAUUGAAAGGCCCGGCAAACCAAACAAUUAAGUCGUCGACUGGCUCAGUACUACCUUAUAUCGGCUGCUUAGCCCGCGCAGAGAAUGAUGUCGAGUCUAUGUCUCGUGUAAUCGGGUUCUUAUGGAGCCGCUUAGGCCCAUCAUAUGUAUCUUUUGAUGGCUGGCGAAUGGCUUUUGGGUUACCAGCACAACGUAAGAUUCUCAAAGGCUUGCCUACUUACUCGUGGGACCAUCACGAAGUUUAUUGGCAAGAAUCGCGUCUCUCCCACAACUAUCGCUUAGGAACACACAGUACGCAUGACCUUCUCGGUCGACUUCGUGAAGAUCUGCCUUCUGAAAUGACUUGGCGGAACGUCAUCGACCUAGAAGAUCUUCCUUGGAUUCGAGGCCAUACUUUCCAGGGCCAAGUCAUAUUCCCUGGCGCUGGGUAUGUGAGUUUAGCGGCCCAAGCAGCCCGCCAUUUCGUUCGAGAAGAUACGAUCAGCAUGAUCGAGAUUCGGGAUAUGAAUAUUGCUAGGGCUGUGAUAGUGGAUGAAGGCAGUGCAGGGGUGGAAAUGGUGUUUACCAUUCGCAGUAAGGACAACCAGAGCAGACACGACCAUGGCUCCAUAUUGGAAGCUGAGUUCGUGUGUCAUAGCUGUGAUGACGGGCGCAGCCUUAUGAAAGUUUGCGACGGACACUUGCUUCUGCAUUUAGGACUUGGUCAGAACAUGCCUCUAAGUCCUGCAUCUCACAUCGAACUCCCAUAUCUUGAUAUCGACAGAUUCUAUCAAACCAUGUCUCGACUUGAUAUCGUCUAUGAUGGCGUUUUCCGCACUUUGCGUUCUAUGAAUAGAGCUCUAGGUCAUUCUAAAGCGACUGCCACUUGGGAAAAAAGAGAUCUGAACGAACAAUACAUACUACACCCUGCUGUAUUGGAUGUCGCCUUCCAAGCGGGUUGUGCCUCAUUCAUAUCUGUCGCGGAAAAGGCUUUAGGAAGCACUUAUCUCCCUGCCGGGAUCAAGCGUAUCCUCAUUGACCCUAGUCAGGGGUAUCAGGGAGAAGCGGGAGAAAUAAGCAUCGAGAUUGAAAGUCAUCUCGCCAAUUCCACGAACAAGCUUCGCGAAGUAGACAUUAAUAUGUGCAACAGGCUUACCGGCGUCACCGGUGUUCAGAUAGAUGGUUUGGUGUUAAAGGCGAUUGCAGAACCUCAACCCUCAGACGAUCGCAAACUCUUCGCUAAGACUAUUUGGGAUAUUGAUGCUGCUUACGGCGUACCCAGCCCACCACCACGCAGCAUCACAAAGGAAGAAUUGGAGUACAUCGAUGCCGUCGAGCGCACGGCACUGUUCUUCUUACAGAGAAUAGCGCGUGAUACGAAGCCUGAAGAGAUCGAAAAUUUCAAAUGGUACCACCAUCAGCUUCUGCGCGCUGUUCCAAAGUUCGUAGAGCCUAUCCGCCAAGGGCGCCACGCAGUUCUAAGGAAAGAAUGGCUCAAUGACGAUCGUGAAAUAAUCGACCAAUUUGCGCGUCGCUACCCUGAUAGCGUAGACAUUGCUCUUCUCACAGCAGUAGGCGAGGGCCUGCCAAGUGUUCUCCGCGGUGAAACGGGUAUGCUAGAGCACAUGCUGAAGGACAACUUGCUUGGUCGACUAUACAUGGAAGGCCGUGGUUUUAGUAUCUGCAACGACUAUGUCGCUGACUUCGUGGGCAAGAUUGUCCACAAGUACCCGAGAAGCAACCUUUUUGAAGUUGGUGCCGGUACAGGUGGGACGACGCGAACCGUUUUAGAUACCAUCGGGGAGGCUUACUCGACUUAUACAUACACUGAUAUCUCGGCCGGAUUCUUCGAGAAAGCCGCCGAAAAGUUCGCUGAUCACGCCCACAAGAUGAACUUCAAGACAUUUAAUGCCGAGACCCGGGCUGCUGAACAAGGGUUCGCUGAAGGUUCCUACGACGUAGUGAUCGCAGCCAACGUUUUGCACGCCACCCGUGACCUUGCGCAAACGAUGCGACACGUUCGAUCAUUACUACGCCCUGGCGGCUAUCUCGUCGCAGUUGAAGUAACCGGCACAAUGCUUCGCGAACCGGGCCUGAUGGGCGGUCUAGAAGGCUGGUGGCUGGGUACUGACGAUGGCCGCUUCCCCUGCCCCGGUGUCUCUGCGAAGGAAUGGCACAAUGUCCUUCAAGAAACUGGCUUCUCCGGUGUUGAUUCCGUCAUGUACGACAUGCCCGACACGGCGCGACAUAACUGUUCGGUGUUUGUGACACAGGCGACGGAUGACGACUUUAAGACCCUGCAAGACCCGUUAUCAUCUUUGGACCUUGUUCCCGAAGCCCCUGUUAUCAUUGUGGGCGGUCAGACGCUAGCGGCCUCAAAGUUUGCCGGGCGAAUAGAAAGAAUAUUGCGAAGAUGGGUUUCUCAAGUAAUCAGGUAUACCACACUUGAUGAUUUAAAUCCAUCUGAAGUUACACCAGAUACCUGUGUCAUAUCCCUCACAGACCUGGACAAGGCGAUGUUCUCCGAGCCGAUAAAGUCUACCAAUCUUGAAAACUUACAAGAAUUAUUGGGAAAUGCACGAAACACACUCUGGAUUACUUCGGGUCGCCUUGCGGAAGAUCCAUACUCGAAUAUGAUGAUAGGGAUAGGUCGCGCAUUAUCUUUCGAGCUGCCACAUGUGCAUAUUCAAUCCCUGGAUUUCGAUGUCGAAUCUUCCUGGGAUGCAGAGGUUGUCGCUCAAUAUCUUCUCCGUAUGGCACUCCUUUCUUCGGACAAGUACCUGGACCAUAACAUGCUUUGGGCCCAGGAACCGGAGGUUGCGAUGCAAGGAGAUACAACAUUGAUUCCACGCGUGGUUCAGGACGACGCGGCUGACGAAGGUCUCAAUGCACAGCGGCGUCAGAUUAUUCGGCCGAUAGACUCUUCGGAGAGAGUACAGGCCUUGCAUUCUGGAUCUCGCUUAAACCUCAUCAAGAACGAUGUUCAGUCUACUGGAAAGCCAGACAAUUAUGUCGAACUAGACGUUACAUAUUCCGUAGCGCUUCAUGAAGGCCACCGGGAAUCUGCUUGUUUCUUAAGCGUCGGGGCCGUGGCAAACGGAGAAUUAGCCUAUACUCUCUCCGAAAAAGACUGCUCGACUGUUUCUAGGCCUAGACACGAAGUCUUAAAACUGUCUCUGGCCAAUUUUGACGUAACCACUCCAGUCUUUCUUGGCUCUACCCUAAUUGCUGCUCAUGUACUCGCUGAUAGCCCAACGAACGGUACUCUGUUAGUCCACGAGCCGACAGAUGGUAUCGCGGAGGCAAUAGAAAAUGUCGCGAAGGCAACCAAUCGUCAGGUACUAUUUGCUUCAUCUUCCAGAACGGAGAAAGAGGGUCGCAGAUGGGUCCACAUUCAUCCUCACGCCCAAGCGCGCACAGUUCGCCGGCUGAUACCAAAGGAUACGACGAUGGUAUUCACUUUCACCGACGUGUCGAUAGAUAAUAUACUUCCUUGUCUUCCGAAAAGAUGCAAAAUUCGGAAGUUCAAUGCGGGUUCGUUGUUAAGUCAGCAUACGGCUCUAUCAGCGGAGUUUGAAUUGAAACCAAGAAUCCAUAGUGAACCCUUGGUUAUCAACGUAAGCGAUAUAACGGAAGCGUCCAGAGAACUGGGACCUCAUCGGCGACUUUCUGUUGUCUUGGAUUGGAAACGAGCUGGCCCUGUCAACGCGAUAAUACCACCCCUUGAAUCAAGUGGGAUUUUCUCCCCGGAUAAGACCUACUUCAUGGUUGGAUUAGCUGGGGAACUAGGGCAAUCUUUAUGUCGCUUCAUGGUCAGCUGUGGCGCCCGUCAUAUGGUGCUAUCCAGUCGGAACCCCGUCGUUAAUGCAGAUUGGUUGAGAGACAUGGCUUUAGAUGGAGCUGACGUGCAAAUUGUCAAAAUGGACGUCUCCGAUCGUGAACAAGUCCGCGAGACAGUAUCUAUGCUCCGUAGAACGAUGCCUGAGAUUGGAGGCGUCGCUAACGGCGCGCUCGUCCUCGAAGAUACGUUUUUCAUCAAUGCGACGGCUGACAACGUGCGAAACCAGCUCAAACCCAAGGUGGACGGCACUGCAUACCUUGACGAAGAAUUUGCCAGUGAUGACUUGGAGUUCUUUAUGGCAUUCUCUUCUCUAGGAAGUGUAUAUGGAAAUGCUGGCCAGUCCAUUUAUCAUGCUGCCAACAUGUUCAUGACAAGCUUAGUAGAAAAGCGGCGACGACGAGGCCAAGCAGCAUCUGUCAUCAAUAUUGGCAUGAUUGUUGAUGUCGGGUACGUCGCGAGAAGCAAAAGGGAUGGCAGCAAUGUUGAAGAGCACCUCCGAUCUCAAUUCUACACACCUUUGGCAGAGGCUGAAUUUCACCAUCUGUUUCUCCAAGGUGUGGUUUCUGGCCGUCCUGGAUCCACCCACGCUGAUGUGACGAUGGGAAUUCAACCCUUUAUUGACGGCCCGGACGUUACUACAAGGCCGCAUUGGUAUACGAACCCUCGCUUCUCGCAUAUGAUUUUCUCGCGCGUGUCAUCCGAUGGAGCAUCACAGUCGACAUCAUCGGAGCAACAGCUACGGCAGAAGCUUGAGAGUGUACAGACUGUUGCGGAAGCCGCAGAAGCGUAUUAUGAGCUUUUUUGCCGAAAAAUCGAGUCCAUGAUGAAAAUCCCUUGGGCGUCGAUCAAUAUUAAAGCACCCCUGUCUGAUCUGGGGCUGGAUUCUUUACUUGGAGUGGAGAUACGAACCUGGUUGAUUCAGAACAUGCACACUGAUGUUCCGCUGCUUAAAAUUCUAGGUUCCGAUUCAAUUUUCUCGAUUUGUGCGAUUGCUGCUCAGAAUCUUAUCCAACGCAAAGGGCUGGCAAGCGAAGCCGAGGUAAUAGUCGGUAGCCGAACCGCACCCAAGGUUGAAUUAAGCGUCCCUGAGGAAGAAAGCGCAAGUUUCAAUUCUGGCUCACCUGUGUUUGUCAUAAGUGAUUCCCAAGGUUCCAGUACCCCCAACACACAACACUCUAGCAAGGGUACACCAUCUCUUUCUCAGUCGAGUCAGAGUUCGCCCGAAAUCCAGGAUACUCCUCUAUCUUCAGCCUCAUCUGUGUCUGAACUUCCCCUAGCAUCAGAACCCCAAGACGAUAAACCACAAUCAAUUAUAGACUUCAAGCAAACUGGGCGCGUUUCAUUCGCUCAGGCAAGUUUACACUUCCUCCAAAACUUCUUGGAUGAUCCCACGACCUUCAAUGUUACAGCCCACUAUGCGAUCAAUGGACUGCUCAAUGUCACUAGGUUCAAGCGAGCUUUGGAAAAGACCCUUAAUCGACAUGAAGCCUACCGAACUUGUUUCUUCACUGAGCCCGGAAGCCUUGAAUUCAAGCAAGGCGUUACCCUCAAUAGUGAAACAAAGCGUUACACCCACGUAAACUCCAAACCUACUGCGGAGCAUAUAUUCCAAGCUUACAUGAGGUGGAAUUGGGCGUUAGAAGCAGGGCAUACCUUCCAUGCUACACUAAUAACUCAUUCACCCGAAUCGCAUUCUCUUGUCAUUGGAUGCCAUCAUAUCAUAAUGGAUGGUAGCAGCUGGCACAUCUUCCUGAGGGAUUUGGACCGUGCCUAUCAAAUGAGCCCCUUAAGACCAGUUACAACAUCCUAUUUGGAUUUCGCACGCCUGCAGAAUGAAUCGCUCGCUGAUGGUCAACUCGAUAAACAUAUUUCGUAUUGGUCGCAACAAUUGGAUUCGAUCCCAGGCGUGCUACCACUCUUACCUUUCGCAAAGACUAAGAGUAGGAAGUCAAGGGGCACGUACGGUAACCACACCGUCCACACAAACCUCGACGCCGUUACGGUGCAGCAUAUCAGAACGGCGAGCCAGGAAUGCCGAUCAACUCCAAUGCAGUUUUAUCUCGCCGUAUUGCAAGCACUUCUUGCCCGUUUCCUGGAACUUGACGAUAUCUGCAUCGGUUUGACUGAUGCCGGUCGCGGAGAGGACGGAAGCUGUGCGGAGACCGUUGGUCAUUUCACUAAUCUAUUGCCGAUGCGGUUCCAAGUGAACAGAGAACACACAUUCGAGGAACUUGUGCGAAGCACAGCUAAAACCGUUCUGAAUGGAUUCAACCACAAUCAGGUCCCGAUCGAAGUAAUUUUGGAAAGGCUUGGCGUCGAGCGAUCGUCCGUCUACCCGCCCCUAUUCCAAGUUACGUUCAACCAUCGCAUCGGCGACCUACUGCAUGGAAGUUUAGGCAACUGCAAGCUGGAGCUGGUCAAAUAUGUUGAUUCUAAGAACCCUUAUGACCUCUCAUUUAACGUCACUCAAGCCGCAGAUGGUGGCAAUUUCAUCGAACUGUCGUCAAAUGACGAUUUGUAUUCGAGGGAAGCCACCCAGUCGAUCUUAGACGCAUAUGUCCACCUACUGGAGAGCUUCUCGCUCGACCAUUCUACCAAAAUACAAGAUUGCCGGCCAUUUACAGACAUUCAAGUCGAGAAAGCCCUGGAUAUUGGCCGAGGACCAAGGAUGAUGCCAAGGAGAUGGCCUGAGACAGUGACCGAAAGAUUUCGUGAUGUUUGCUUGACCUCUCCAGACUCAGUUGCCAUCAAAGACGACAAGGAAUCUCUGGCAUAUAUCCAACUCUCUCAUCGUGUCAACGGGGUUGUCGCGGCUUUGAAGAAUUCCGGCGCGGGUCACGGGAGUCGCAUUGCAGUGCUCUGUGAACCGAGCGUCGACACAUAUGCAGCUAUGCUAGCAAUUCUACAUCUCGGUGCUGUCUACGUGCCUUUGGACGUAAGCUUACCGGCUGCGAGGCAUCAUGCUAUGAUUGACACAUGCAAACCUCAGCUGAUAAUUUGUCAUCCCGCGACUUCAGUCGCGGCAGCGGAUGCCAGCUCUAACUAUGGCCUAGCAAUGCUUAACUUAUCCGACGUGACACCUAUAGCGAGCGAGGUACCCUCUUCAGCAAACGCGACAAUAGACAGCUUCCUACUGUUCACUAGUGGUUCAACAGGCACACCCAAGGGCAUACGACUUUCUCAAGCCGGCAUUCUGAACUACGCAGCAUCAAAGAGCGCAAGACUCGGUCUAGAAAGGACCACAGUAUUACAGCAAAGCUCUACCGGCUUCGACAUGGCUAUCGCUCAGGCAUUCAAUGCGUUCGCCAACGCGGGGACAUUGGUUGUCGCCCCCGCAAAAGCCCGCGGAGACCCUAUCAUGAUUGCUCAACUGAUGUUGCGCGAGUCCGUUGAAUUGACUAUUUGCACACCCUCUGAAUACGCCAUGCUCGCUACUUACGCAGCCGAAAUCCUAGGGCAGUGUAAGUCAUGGAGGUACGCCUGCUCCGGGGGAGAGGCAGUGACGGAUAGGCUUCUUUCCGAACUUCGCCGUCUCGAGCUACCCGAACUUGUAUUGACUGACUGUUACGGUCCGACGGAAAUAUCGUGCGCGGCAACGUUCCAGACAAUACCUCUGCAGCCGGACUCAGAGGACAAUAGCGCGCCGGGAACAGUUGGUAAGGCUAUUCCAAACGUUUCUAUCUACAUCGUCGGAAACGGUGGUGAAGCGUUGCCAAUUGGGUUCCCAGGAGAGAUAUGUGUUGGGGGGCAUGGUGUCGCGAAAGGCUAUCUCGACGAGAAACUUAGCUCGGAAAAAUUCGUUACUGAUCCAUUUGCGACACCAGAAGACCAAGCGCGAGGAUGGCGCGUCAUGUACAAGACCGGCGACAAGGGCUGUCUCCAGGAAGAUGGUUCUGUCGUAUUCUUAGGUCGAAUGGAUGGCGAUACCCUGGUCAAACUCCGUGGCUUACGGAUUGAGCUGAAUGAAGUGGCGAACGUUAUCCUCCAAACGGCACAAGGUUCCUUAGCCGAUGCAGUAGUUACUGUUCGGGGCGAGCCCGGAUUUCUUGUCGCCCAUGUUGUUUUCGCACGGCGGGAGCAGCCUUUAGAACAGGCCGAACUUGAGAAAAUCUGCGCUGACCUACCUCUACCAAGAUACAUGAUCCCUUCGAUGAUCAUACCACUUGAUCGUCUAUCAUUCACGCCCAAUGGUAAAGUCGACAGGAAGGCCCUCUGUGCUCUCCCAUUACCCGCAAGGAACAUCAACUCGGGCUCGAAAACCCCUCUAACCGUGCCUGAGGGUGAACUUAGGCUUAUCUGGAGAGACAUCCUUGGCCAAGCAGCCGGAGCAGCUGAUAUUGGUGCGGAUACUGACUUCUUCACCGUAGGUGGAAGUUCUUUGCUAUUAGCUCGGCUGCAAAACGCCUUGAAAGAGAGGAUGGGUGUGCAAAUGCCGCUCCAGGAUCUCUACCAAGCCAGCACGCUCAGGCGAAUGGCCAAAUUGACAAGUAACCAAAGAAGUCAACUCGUCGAGGAGGCAAUCGAUUGGGACGCGGAAACUUCGAUUCCCGACUAUGUACUGGAGGCCGCACAAACACAUAUUUCCCCUCGACCCCGCCAGAACAAACGCAGCGUCGUGCUUACCGGUGCGACAGGCUUCAUAGGUUCUGAGGUCCUCCGACACCUAAUCAAGGACGAUAAUGUCUCUGAAAUCCACUGCAUCGCCGUGGCACCAGAUGCGAAACACAAAGUGCUGCUAGACGACAAGGUCAUCAUUUACGAAGGCAGCCUCCUCAGCCCUAGGUUAGGGCUCACGCGGAGAGAACAGGAUGAAUUACAAGCCAAGACGGAUCAGAUUAUCCACGCGGGAGCGCAAGGCCAUUGCUUGAACAACUACUCAUCUGUGCGACACGCUAAUGUCAUCUCAACCCAAUUCCUCACAGCGCUGGCCCUCCCCCGUCGCGUCCCGCUACACUUCAUCUCAUCGGCGCGCGUGAUCCUACAAUCGGGCCAAUUCGCAAUCCCACCUGUUUCCGUUGCGCAAUAUCCGCCGCCAACAGACGGGUCGCAAGGUUUCACAUCAUCAAAAUGGGCUAGUGAACGGUUCCUCGAAGCGGUGGCGCGCGCUACGGGUUUACCCGUCGCCAUUCACCGCCCGUGUUCAGUCAUCGGGGAUCGUGCUCCGCACGACGACGCCAUGAACUCCGUUGUUCGCUUCUCGUUACUAAGCCGCAAGGUUCCUGACGUCCCACACGCGGAGGGUUUCUUCGACUUCAAGGAUGCGGUCGCGUUAGCAGGUGAGAUCGCAAACGGCCCAAUUGCGUCAGCGGCACCGAAAGACCCCGCCGUCUCGUUCAGACACCAUAGUAGCGGAGUGAAAGUACCGUUUGGUCAACUCGCUAGACACAUGGAAUCUUUGUAUGGUGGGACGUUCGAGACAGUUAGUAUGGAUGAGUGGCUCCAAGUGGCAGAGGGUCUGGGUAUUGAGGAUUUAAUUGUGAGUUAUUUGAAAGCGAAUGUGGCUGGCGGGUCGAAGUUGGAAUUCCCGUACUUGGGCAUGGAAUGAAUGAUAUGAUAAAAAUGAGUUAACGUAUAUAAGUCUUUGGAUCCUUGGAUAAAGUAAAUGCUUGGGUUUAACUUCGGAUUUGGGGCUGUUCAAACACUGGCUCUUAUUCCUAUGUACCUGUCGCUUCUGUUGUAGGCGCCAGACUCAUUAUAAUGACAGCAAAUCUCAGCACGCUACUCACUCCUGAGGUCCCUACGGCGCCCGCCGAAACGCUGGCAAAUUGCAUUAUAUCACUAUAACUACAGGGAGCUAUGCACUAAGGAUCCCUAUAAUAACAAGGCUACAAUAGAUUUAUAACACUCCCGAGUUCAUCUCGAAUACAUUGGAACUUUAUAACACCACCACCUA